AUGCAGACAUAUAGUGGAUUCGAUGGACGGAGUGGAGUGUUCAUGUCAUCGACCAAGAUGCUCGUCUUGAUGUGCAUCGGUGGAUUCCUGUUGUUUUCGGUUGGACAGGCUGUCGAGGGCCAACUCGCUAAUGCCGAAGGACACUCUGCGGAUGGCAUUCUGCCCAACUCUCAGGAGCCUGUGUCCUCUACAUGCAAGGUUACAAAUGACGGGCAGCAAAACAAUGAAGGCCCAACUGCAGCCACUCUAACGAUUUCGAAGGACACUCUAAGCGCGACCUUGCGCUGCGAAGGAGAGGGCAAUGCUGUUGUACCCACAGACAAAACAAUGGUCUGUAUUGACGAGGAAAACGCUACAGUCCAGACGUGCACAGGCAGCACAGCGAAGCAGGUCGCUCUGACCGGUCUCCUUGCUCCGGCGAAAUCGGAGCCGAUCACUAAGAGCAGCCCACCCUCAUCUGCUAACGUGCAGGAAAGGACCCUGAAAAUACAAGAGUCCCAGCUUCCCUUCACGGAUAAGACGUUCUUCGUCGGAUGCCAGAAAAAAAGCAAUACUAAUGACACUAAAUGCAAAGUUACAGUAAAGGUGAAAGCCCGGGCUUCGUCUGCCCAGCGCAAUGCGGUGGUGUGUGCAUACGGCGAGGACAGCAACAACGAGGGGCCCGUAAGGGUAGAAAUGUCGGAGGAACAAAACAAGCUUUCCAUUGACUGCGGCCAAGACGGAGCCUUUUUCUCAGUAACCUACACUGAAUACUGCCCCCCCGAGAGCACAGAUCUGAGAGAAUGCACUGAGAAGUUCGCCGAUCUCCUACCUAGUUUUUCACCAAGCUGGUGGGUCAAAGGUGACAAGGGCGCCCCGUCCGUCUUCACUAUCCCAGCGACAGACUUCCCUGCUGCCGAUCGGCAGUUCAUGGUCGGUUGCGCGCCGAGAUCGACAUCCGCCGAGAGGCCUAAAGUUACCGAUCAAAAAGAUGAGUCCGCUCCUAGUUCUGUUAGAUCCUCUUUGUGCAGGGUAGUGGUGACUGUGAAGGCAACGCGUGCUUCUUCGGCUACAUCUCGAGUGCAGACCUUCACCGCAGCCUCUGCUGUAGCAGCCGCUAUGGGAUUCAUCGUCUGGCUGCCGGCCUUGGCAUGA